UUAUUAGCGCAUCUUGUAAAAAAGGUUUACGAUGAAAUAAACAAAUUAAAUAUGAAUCCCUGUGUGUAUCUACAUUCUGAUUCACAGAUAACGUUGGCUUGGCUUAAAACCGAGCCCCAACAGCUGACAGUUUAUGUUUCAAAUAGGGUAAAGACUAUACAAGAAGAAACUCAGGGUUUCUCGUGGUUUUAUGUAAACAGUCAUGAAAACCCAGCAGACGCCUUAUCGAGAGGAGUUGAACCUCAUUUAUUAGAGACAAAUGAGCUGUGGUGGCGAGGACCUGGCUUUUUAUAUUGUAAAGAAUUCCCCAACAAUAGGGACAAUUUCACGAUGCCAACUGAUAUACCUGAAACAAAGGUUUGUUUGGCGGUAGAUAAAGCUGAAAAACAAGAAAAACUUGAAGUGUUUUCUAAGUUUUCAAGCUUAAACAAAUUAAUACGUGUGAUGGGAUAUGUUUAUAGAUUCAUUAACAUAUGUAGAAAAAAGGCUAAAAGAAAUGCAGGUCGUUUAUCUUGUCAAGAAGUAGAUGCUUCAUUAAAAAUGAUCAUUAAGUAUGAUCAACAACAGCAUUUCAAAGAGGAAAUCGCAGGUUUGUCUUUAGGGAAAGAAAUUGCAGCACAUUUAAAGGCAUUAAAUCCGUUUGUUGACGGCAUGGGUCUUAUGCGAGUAGGUGGAAGGUUACAACAUGCUGACCUACCUUACUAUCAAAAACACCCAAUCAUAUUAGCCAAAAAAUCUAAUAUAACCCAUCUAAUUAUUGAAAAUGAGCAUAAAACUUUGAUGCAUGCAGGUCAAAAAUUGAUGUACGCUUCCUUGAGCCAAAGAUACCAUAUAGUAAACGGCUUAAGGGAAAUUAAGCAUGUAGUACACAAAUGUCUCAUUACAGGUGCCACCUUGAGCACUGUUCCUGAACCUAAUAUCAGUAACAUACCAAUCAACCGUUUAAAAUUUUGGAAACAGUGCAGUCACAUGACUCAAUGUUUCUGGAAAUCAUGGUCUAGAGAGUACCUCAUGCAACUUCAGAGUAGGCCUAAAUGGCGUAAGCCACUACCUAACAUAUCAAAGGGUAUGUUGGUCAUCUUACGAAAAGAUAAUGCCCCUCCUUUGGUUUGGCCUAUGGCUCGUGUGGUGGAGACAUUCCCUGGUGCAGAUGGGAAGGUAAGGGCCUUAACUGUCAUCACACCAAAAGGCACAGUAAUGCGUACUAGUAUAGGUAAGGUUUGUCUUUUGCCUAUAGAAGACAAUCAGAAUCAAAUCUGAGGACAUAAGGUUGCUAUCUGGUUGUUUUCAGGAUUGCUGUGUGAAUCUCACUCACUCACGGUUAGGUAUAUAAUAAUAAAAUGUAUUCUAAUACAUAGGUUAGGUCAUAGAAAGAUUCUAGGCCAUUGUUAAGUUUUGUCGUUAAAAUUCCUAGUUACUACAGGAAAUUACGAAGUAAAAAAUAACUUAAAAUAAGAUUUAGUUUAAGUAAUAAAGUAGAAAUAAGCAUUUGUCAUAAGAACAUCUUGUUCCUUUUUGUUGGUUGAUGUUGUGUAAUGUUUAAACUAUUCAGUAUCAUUUCAACACAUUCUCAGUAUCACAAAAAUAGUUUAAAAAUUGCUCAUAGUACCUAAUUAUAUGAAAGGUUGUAAAUUGUUAAUAGUUUUUCAUAAGUACUAACAAAGGUAUAAUAUAAUAACAGCUCUAAGCAUCAACAUGAAAGAAAUUGAUAAAACAUUAAUUUGUCUGUUUCCACUUACUGAUACUUAAUAGAUACAUACCUACUGUGUUUUCUUACUUGCAAAAAUAAAACCACCUUUUUUAAUAUGUUUGUAUAAAUUUAUAUUUGUUAGGAUAUAUCUUUAUGAUGUACACAUCAUGUUGUCAAGCAAUAAAUUUAAAUUGAAACUAAAUGAGUAAACACCUAAAAAUAUGUAGUAGGUCAAUCCUAUUGUAACUACUUUAAAUUAAAAAUAGAAAACUUUUAAUGUUUGUUCAAUACUUUUAGCUUUUAAGUAGUUUAUCUUGCUGGGCCCCCAGUUAUGUACGAUACAGACAUGUAUGUAGGUAGAUGUAUGUACAUAUAGUACUUAUGAGUCAGUCACACGUCGUACGCCCUGACAAACACAUGUGUAAACUUACAAGUUGAAUAAUAUACAGUCCAUUCAAUAUUU